GCGGGCAAAAGCAAAAGAUAGAAGUAGCUCAGCUGAGGUGAGCUGCGUGUUUACUCUUAACAGGGUGAUAUGGCUGCACAGCUUUCAGGUGUGUGGUUUAACGGUCCCGCUAUCCCACUCACCGGCGGACGUUCUCUUCAGUGCCGGAGUAGCUCGUCGCCGUCGCCUCUCUCUGCGCUGCCCUCUUCUCCUUUUCCUUCAUCUUCUAUUCAGAUUGUUGGUGGGAAAGCUAAUGGAUUGUACUUAAAUGAGACUUCAAAGCUUGGUAUCACUUUGGAGGGCAGCCAAGAAAAAUAUGAUUGGAAUGAUUUGGAGACUGAUCUCUAUUACUGGACAAAGCAGUUACGACCAGUUCAGUGGUACCCUGGUCAUAUUGCAAAAACUGAGAAAGAGCUCAAGGAACAGCUGAAAUUGAUGGAUGUUGUGAUAGAGGUUCGGGAUGCAAGAAUUCCUAUGUCGACCACUCAUCCACUGAUGGAUUCUUGGCUUGGUAACAAAACACACAUUUUAGUUCUGAAUAGGGAGGACAUGGUAUCUACAGCUGAUCGGAAUGCUUGGGCUGCUUAUUUUGCUAGGCAAGGAAUAAAAGUUGUGUUCUCGAAUGGGAAACUUGGAAUGGGCGCCUUGAAGCUAGGCCGGUUAGCAAAAACUUUAGCGGGUAGUGUGAACAUAAAGCGCAAGGCAAAAGGUUUACUUCCACGUCCAGUUCGAGCAGGAAUUGUUGGGUAUCCAAAUGUUGGUAAAUCAUCUCUAAUAAAUCGUCUACUGAAGCGUCGGAUGUGUCCUGCAGCUCCAAGACCGGGUGUUACUAGAGAACUUAAAUGGGUUCGUUUUGGGAAAGAUUUAGAGUUGCUUGAUUCUCCUGGCAUAAUUCCAAUGAGGAUUAGUGAUCAGACAUCAGCAAUAAAGCUUGCCAUAUGUGAUGACAUUGGGGAAAGAUCCUAUGAUGUAGUAGAUGUUGCUGCCGUUCUAGUACAAAUGCUGUCAAGACUUCCAAAUUUAGGUGAUAAAGUUCUUCAGGACCGCUACAAAGUUGGGAUCGAUGGUCAUUGUGGCAAACUAUUUGUUCAGAAGCUCGCGCUUCAGUUGUUCAAUGGCGACACACACCAAGCAUCAUUCCGCAUAUUGUCAGAUUUCCGGAAAGGGAAGUUUGGCUGGGUAGCCCUUGAGAGGCCACCACGGUAAGCGUUGGCUGUGCAUAAAUUCUGUACAGAAAACCAUGUAAACGCCUUGGGCAGCUUUCAUCAAUCCAAGAUUUUGCAGGAUAUCACAUUAUAAAAUUCAUAACAACCAAGAUUUUGCUAUGUUUCUGGUAACUAGAAUACCCAAUCAAUCAUGAAGGUUAGGCUAGUUUCAUGAUUUCAUCCCUCUAAAUAUCACAUUAUACAAUUAAUAACAACCUGUCAUAGACUUUUUAGGGC